AUGGUUAACGAGGAGGUUAACGGGGUUGCGACGGUUGCACGGAGGCUUUGGCCAGCCACCGUCCAGAAGGACGAAGACGAUGCGGCUCCCAAUGUUAGAUGGGAGAAGGAUCUUGCAUUUCCCACUUUUCGGCCACUGCGUCAGGAAGAAAUCGUGAAGAAUUCUUUUUCUCUUGAUUUGAGGGAAGGUGCGGGCAUGGCAUAUCUUGUGGAAAAACUAAUUGCUCAAAAUGAGAAGCUGCAAGAGGUGCGGGGGCUGUUGGAUGAUCUUUGCAAGGAGCUCUCUGAAGCGCGAGACAUAUCCAGUAAGGCUUACUUGACGGCACGACCGGGUUCUUGCCGCAUCACUUUGCCUGCGCAGAAAGCAAUCACGAGCCAUCGUGGAGUUUGUGCUGUCUCGCAUGUUCAGGAGGAGUUCCCAGCAUCACUCGUGUCGGAGCAUGCGCCUCACUGGUCCUCGGCGGAGAUGCAGGCAUGGAAGGUGGCUUCACUGCCGCAGCUGUUUUCUCUGCGGAAAAAGUUGUUUUCUUCGCUUUAUGGUGUCUCAGACGCCAUUACACGGAAAACAUUGGACGGGAUCAAUGUGCCUGGUGUACUGAUGGAUGCGCAGCGGGAGACGGACUCCGCUAUCCAGGCCGCCAUGCAUCGGCUGCUGGGGGAGGCUUUUUACGUGAAUUCCCUUGAAGAUGUAAAGGAUUUCUGUACCCUUGCCGAGAGUCUAACUGGCAGUGGAGUGGAAACUUUUGAUAGGGCUUUGCUUGAGAUUCAGCAGCUGACUGAGAAUGGAGAUGUAUUAAAUUCAUGCGAAAAGUUUCAGACAUUUUUGUGCCGUGCCCCCUCCCUUCUUACGCCCAGAUGGUGUGACCGGUACCUCUGCGCCAUGCGGAAUUUACUCGUGGCGUUUUCGGUAAAUUCUCGAGAGGCCGAGUUGCUAAACGCGCGCCGAGAGGAACUUGAGAGGAUCACGCAGCAGGAGAUGAUUCAUGCGGCCUUUCUCCGCGCCGCGCAGGGCCGGGAUGUGAUCUCGCAAGUUCCUCUUUGCUGCUUUUGCUCGGGUGGACUUUCAACCGAGCGAUCACCUGAGCCGGAGACUCGGCGCCAUCUGCCUGACCGCAAAAGACUCCGCACGCCGAAAGCGAAAUGUCUCGUGUUUGAUGCGGACGCCAGUCGCAGGAUGGUUUCACCGCGUUUAGAGAAUGGACGGCGUUGCGCCGCCUGUUCACUGAAAGUUCCGUUGAAUGGUGCGAAAUCUGCGAGAGACCGUGAGUCGCUGUGUUUGACCUUCUCUUCAGGUAAAAGGAGUUGUGUCAACGUCGCAGGAAAUCCACUACCUCGCUGGUGGGCGGCUAAGAGGUCGCAAUUUUGCUCGAGAUUGACGUCCCCGAACAGUCUUUACCAAACACCAGAGGCACUUCGCCCAAUGCCAUCGGCCUCGAGGAAUUUACGUAAGAAAACGCCGGGAUUUUUGAGUUUUGGCCCAAUCCGGGCAUUUUCUGCGGAUGACAUUCAGAAGACGGGGAAGCAUGCUCCACUGACAGUGUUUUCACGGGGUGUGCAGGCUUUCGCUCCUUCUUCACGACCAGUUGCGUGGCAACACACUGUCCGGAAUUCGGAACGCACCAUAUUGCCAACACGAUUUGAGCGGCGAGAGGAUGGUUUUAGGUCCCCCGACACGGUGGUGGCAAGAAGAUGCGCCACUCACGGCCGAGAAUGA